UGAUAAAGAGAGAGACAGACAGUGGGUGUACGAGUGACCCAACUCGGGGAAGCAUCUGAAAAAGCUGAAACGGGUAUUCGUCGCCGUAGCGCUCUACCUCCCGGACGAAUCGUCUUCUGACCAGCAGGGUCGAACGAGAGAAAGAAGGACGAUAGCUCGUCUGACCAAACCCUAUCGCCAGAACCCUUCAGAUGCAGCGUGCUAUUAAUGAUCCAGUUGAUGUGGUCCUUAAUACUGGAAAAAGAAAGAAGGGUGCAACUGAAUAAAAUCCUCCCUUGGGCGUGCUUUUGAUGUGUUCUGCAUCAAAAUUCAGAGGGCCAUAUGUUUAUUCAUACACUAGGACGUCAAAUUCUCUCUCUCUCUAAGGAUGUCAAUUUCACCACUUGAGCUUUUUUUAAUUUUCUCAAACUGCUGUUCGAGAAAUGUUAUAGCUUGCAGGAUUGCAGGUGAGAAUUGAAAAGAUGUUUCUGAAAGUGAGAUUGUCAUGGAAUGUUGUAGUUCCUGCUGAAUGCCUGGAUGCUAAAGGGUUGAUGCUUCAAAGAUCAAUCAUUAUCCGACUGAUGGAUGACUUUUCUGUCAAGAAGGCCACAAAAGAUCUUGGUUAUUUUCUCGCGGUAACAACAUUGGAGAAAAUUGGAGAAGGAAAGGUUAGACAACACACAGGGGAUGUGCUCUUCCCUGUAGAUUUCAGCGGCAUCACGUUUAAGAUUUACAGGGGAGAGAUCUUAGAGGGAGUUGUCCACAAGAUUCUGAAGCAUGGGGCUUUCUUGAGAUGUGGGCCUGUUGAGAACAUGUAUCUCUCUUACCAAAAGAUGCCUGAUUAUCGUUAUGUGCCCGGAGAAAAUCCAAUCUUCAUGAAUGACAAGAUGUCCAAGAUUGAGAAAGACGUGGUGGUGCGAGUCAUUGUGAUUGGCACAAAGUACGUAGAGGCUGAAAGGGAAUUCCAGGCAGUUGUCAGCUUGGAGGGUGAUUUCCUUGGACCUGUUUCAUGAUGAAGUUCCUACUCAAAGAUUCGAUCUUUUGAUUGUCGUCAUAUUAGGAAUGCGACCUGUUCCACAUUUUGUCAUGACUGGACUGGUCUUCUACCAAUGGAAAGUUCUUUAUUGUCUAAUGUUAUGGUGUAAUUUCUGGAUUAGGUGUGGUUUAACUGAUUCUUAGUUGUAAUGCGUUGGUUGCUUUUGGCAUAGUUAGUCUGUUAUGUAAGCAUUGUUCUACUUAUCUGGAUUCCAACAGCAAUGGAAAUAUCAUGUUUUGUUUCA